CCUCUUAACCUGCUAAUCACACGCUUCUCUGGUUCCAAUUUCUCUAUUCUUGGUCAAAGAAACCCGCUCUCCCGAAGCGUGUUGAGAAGCAAGGCCUUCUGGGAAAUGUAGUCCCUCUUCAAAUGCGCAGACACAUGGCGGAAGUGGCCGGAGAGAGGUGGUUCCGGAUCAUCCCAGUGCCCUACCUGACCUAACGAGUCGCUGCCCAGCUGCCGCUCGCUCGUCGUGGGAGUUCGUGGACCCGCUGGGUCGCGUUUAUCCGUCCGCGUUCUGCAGUUUUCCAGAGGUGUCCCAGGUACUGAGAAGCAUGGCCAUUGUGGAUGUAAACACUGUAUUCAAGGAGUUGGUGGUGUUCAGGGAUGUGGCUGUGGAGUUCUGUAAAGAGGAGUGGGAAUACCUGGGCCCUGAUCAGAGAUCUUUAUACAGAGAUGUGAUGUUGGAGACCUACAGUAACUUUGUGUCACUGGGACUUGCCAUUUCUAAGCCAGCAGUGAUUUCACUACUAGAGCAAGGGAAAGAACCCUGGAUGGCGGAGCACGCAGGAUGGUAUCCAGAUUUGCUGUCUCUAAAUGAAACUAAGAAUUUAUCUCUAGAGAGUGGCAUUUUUGGAAAGGAAUCAUUAAAAUGGAAAAUAAUAGAAAGAGUUGAUACUUCUUGCCUUGAGGAGUCUUGCUUUGGAAAUGAUUGGAAAUGCAAGGGACUGCUUGAGACACAGCCCCAGUCUCCAGAGUAUUCGCAACAGUUGUCAGCCCUGCGGGAGAAAGUGUCAGCUGAAUUUGUUCAGCCUACCCCUUUUGUUCUAAGUGAGACAGUUCAUUCUGAAACUAAACAGAAUGAACAGGAAGCAGGUGAAAACCUCCCUCAACAGGUAAGAAUCCCUGCCAGUGACAAACUUAAGGAAAUGUACGAGAAUGCCUUUAUCUACUACACAGAUCAGAUGAAGCAGCAGCGGAAUUUUUCUGGAGAGAAAUGUGAUGAAUUGAAAGAAUGUGGCCGAGAAUUUGCCUAUGACUUCCACCUUGCUCCGUACCAGAUAAACAAGAAACCCUAUCAGUGUGAGAUAUGCGGCAAGAUCUUUGAAAAGCACGCCUACCUCCUUCAGCAUAAUCGGUUUCACACUGGGGAGAAGCCCUGUGAAUGCAAGGAGUGUGGGAAAGCCUUCACUAACUGCUCCCUGCUGGUCCAACACCAGAGAGUUCACACGGACGAGAAGCCCUAUGAGUGCAAGCACUGUGGGAAGGCCUUCCUCUACUUCUCUACAUUUUUCCAGCACCAGAGAACACACACCAACGAGAAGCCCUACGAAUGUCACAAGUGUCAGAAGGCCUUUAACAAGAGUGCGAAUCUAACCAGACAUCAAAGAAUUCACAGCGGCGAGAAACCCUAUGAGUGUAACUUAUGUGGCAAGACCUUUACUUGGGCUUCCAACCUGAAUGAUCAUCAGAAAAUUCAUACUGGGGAAAAACCCUAUGAGUGUAACUACUGUGAGAAGGCUUUUCUCUGUCACUCGGCAUUUAUGAAACACUACAGAACUCAUACCAAUGAGAAGCCGUAUGAGUGUCAGGAAUGCAUGAAGGCCUUUAGGCAGAAAGCACAUCUCAUUCAGCACCAGAGAGUUCACACUGGAGAAAAGCCUUAUGAGUGUAAGGAAUGCGGAAAGGCCUUUGCCUGUCCUUCCUACUUUAAUAGACAUCAGAGAAUUCACACUGGUGAGAGGCCCUACGAAUGCAAAGAAUGUGGGAAGGCGUUUAUUGAUUGUAAAACUCUUAUUCUACACCAGAGGAUUCACACUGGUGAGAAACCCUUUCAAUGCCAGCAGUGUAGUAAGGCGUUUAGGCAGAGGUCCCAUCUCACGCAACAUCAAAGAAUUCAUACUGGCGAGAAGCCCUAUGAAUGUAAGGAGUGUGGACAGGCUUUUAGAGUACGCCAGCAACUUACUUUCCAUCAGAGAAUCCAUACUGGUGAGAAACCCUAUGAGUGUACAGUAUGUGGAAAAGCCUUUAGACAGUGUGCCCACCUCAGUCGACAUCAGAGGAUUCACACAUCUGACAAAUUGUAUGAAUGUAAAAAAUGUGGAAAGAUCUUCACAUGUAGCUCAGACCUUCGAGUCCAUCAGAGAAGUCAUAUUGGCGAGAAGCCCUAUGAUUGUAAGGAGUGUGGGAAGGCCUUUAGAGUGCGAGGACAGCUUAAUCUCCAUCAGAGGAUUCACACUGGUGAGAAACCCUACGAAUGUAAGGAGUGCAGGAAGACCUUCAGACAGUAUGCACACCUCACUCGACAUCAGAGACUGAAUAUUGCUGAGAAGUGCUAUGAGUGUAAGGAGUGCGGUCAGGCCUUUCUGUGUAGCACAGGCCUUCGGCUACAUCACAAGCUUCAUACUGGCGAGAAACCCUAUGACUGCAAGGAGUGUGGUAAGGCCUUUCGAGUGCGACAGCAGCUCACGCUCCAUCAGAGGAUCCACACGGGUGAGAAGCCCUAUGAUUGUAAAGAAUGUGGGAAGACCUUUAGUCGAGGCUAUCAUCUAACUCUGCACCAGAGAAUUCACACUGGUGAGAAACCAUAUGAAUGUAAGCAGUGUCAGAAAUUCUUCCGUCGUUACUCAGAGCUCAUUUCACAUCAAGGUAUUCAUAUUGGAGAGAAACCAUAUGACUGUAAGGAAUGUGGGAAGGCAUUCAGGCUGUUCUCACAGCUGACUCAACACCAGAGUAUUCAUUUUGGUGAGAAACCCUACAAGUGCAAGGAAUGUGAGAAAACCUUCAGACUGCUCUCACAGCUUACUCAACAUCAGAGCAUUCACACUGGGGAGAAACCCUAUGACUGUAAGGAGUGUGGGAAAGCCUUCAGACUUCAUUCAUCUCUUAUUCAGCAUCAGAGAAUUCAUUCUGGUGAGAAACCCUACAAAUGUAAGGAAUGUAAGAAGGCCUUUAGACAGCACUCACACCUUACUUACCAUCAGAGAAUUCACAAGAAUUCUUAUGAGAAUGCUUCCACUGUGAAUGUUUUUUAAGGAGUGAUAGAUAAUUCUAGAAGAAAAAGGUUUUAGUCAUGUUUCUUGGUCACAACAGCAUAAAAGGUUUAUUCAAAGGGAAGAAUAUGUUACUUUAUAAUAAAUUUGUAGAGGCCCUUCAUCAACAUCCAUGUUAAACUCCACUGGUGGAGUGAAUGUACCUGUGAACAUUGCCAGGGCACCAACUCAUUUUGAAAAUUGAUAAUUAGCUUCCAUUUUUGUAUAAACUCUAUUUCAAGGCUGCCAGAAGUUGUUGAGGUACAGUUAUUUUCUUUUUAUUACGUGUAUAUGUCUGUGGGUAUGUGCAUAUGAGUGCAGAUGCCCACAGAAGCCGGAAGAAAGCAUUGGUUGGAUCCCCUGGAGCUGGUGUUACAGGUAAC